CAGCAAAGCUGGGGGGGGGGGAGGCAGAAAAAAAAAGAGAGGGCGGAGUCAGAAGGGGGGCAAGAUACUCCCCGUCGCCCGCCCCCCAAAUCUGCCCCGUUCCAUUGGCAUUACCCUGGACAGAUUGACUUUCCUGGGGACAAGCUGAAGAGCUGAGAGAGGAAAAGCCAGUUCCUGCCCCCAGCCCAAUCUAGGGGAUGGGGGGGGGGGGGAGGAUGCACUGCUUUGUGGGGGACGAUGAUGGGGAAAAUCCCCCAGAACCGCCCCUUUGAUUCGGCCCUUUUCUAGCAUUUGCCUCGGAGACACUGUUCCUUGGCAUGGGGUCCCCGGUGGGUUUCGUCCGGCUGGGAGGGGCCGGGUCUGCGCUGGAAGAAAGCGACCCGGCGUUGGGGUCUUAAAAACGUCCAGCAAGGAACAGACAAGGAAUUGCCAGGCUGAGCCGGAGCAGGGGCCUUUGUGGUGGCACCAGCCACUCCAGAAAACCGCCUAGCGCAGUGGGUGCUCGACCCUUUUCCUCAUUUGCAGAUCCCUAAAAAAUUUCAAAUGCAUGUGUGGAUCCCUUUGGAAAUCUUAGAUGUGGUCUGCAGAGCACAGAUUGAGAACCAGUGGCCUAUGGUAACGACAACCUUUCGCGGACCCCUUAGACAUAGUCUGUGGAGCCCCAGGGAUCUGCGGACCACUGGCUGAGAACCACUGGCCUACCAGACAAUGGUGGACUCAGGUGCCUCCCUAACACUCUUAGCCAGGGGUUAGUGCAAGUCCUGAAGGAUUCGGGGUUAGAUCCCAUCCCAACCACCGGCUUAUGUCGGUCAUCCUUCCACACUGUAUAAAAAUACGCCUAUAGUAUAACGAGGAUUGAAGUCUGGACAGCUGGAUCUGACGGCAUAAACCUAAAGACCCAGCUUCCGUAGCUCAUAAUCGGUGGCCGACACAGUGAAACCAGUAAGGGGGAUGGGGCAAAGUCACCAGUCGUUAGCCUGCAAUAUAUAUUGUUUGAGGCGUUGGCUGUUGCACAGUGCAGUCACCAGAGGGAGACAAAAACACACAUGGUGUUAGCUUUGGGAACAGAGGCAUUGGCUGUUGCACCGUGCAGCCACUAGAUGGAGAUAAAAACUUAUGUGGUAUUAGCCUUGGGUACACUGAGGCACUGGCUGUUGCACGGUGCAGCCACUAGAGGGAGACAGAAACCCCACCGUGUGUUCUCCUGGGUUAGACGUCCCAGAGUGGGAGGAUGGGAACAGAGUAGUUCCAAAAAAAUUUCCAAGAGAACAUUUUCCCACUGGAAAAUGCCAUUUCUUCGACAUCAAAACAUUCUGCGGGAACUUGUCGAUUUCUGCAGAAAUUUCAUUUCGGAACGACUGUUUUUUUCCCCACGUUUCUUCUGUUUUCUGUUCCAUUAUAAAGCACAAUAGAACAUACCAUUUUAAAAAGCCCAAAUCAAAAUGAAACAUUUCAGUUUUAUUGAAAUAAGACAUUUUGGUUGCCCCGACAGAAGGCGAUUUUUGUUUUGUUUUUUUUAAACAGGAUAUUUGGACAUUUUUCUCCUUGCGGAAUGAAAGCCGAAUUUCAAAAUCCCAGGAUUUCCCUUGAAACGGAAAUUCUGGUGCCCAUCCAGCUCGAGUUGGGACGGAGCCCUAGUCCCCCCCAAAACGGGGGAAUUGCUGAUUUCAGGAACCGCCACCACAUUCCAGAGCAGAGCAGCCAGCCUGCCACCCUGAGCUGGUGGGAUUUUCCAGGGAGCAGCUUGUACUGAGUGGGGGGUGCUUCUUUUUUCCCCCAGGAGCUGGUAGCUUUCUAUGAGGAGUCUGUGCCUCUCUGCAGGGUGCAGCGGGCUGGCGGAGAGCCCUCCGCAGGGACACCAUGCAGGAGAAUUAUGAGACGCUGAUAUCUCUGGCCCAAGCCCCUCUUCCGUCUGCACACAAAUCAUUCCGACUCGGGUCAGUGAGCAUGCAGGACCGAGGACCCUACUUAGAUGGGUGAGAGGCCGAGUCCCACUGUGGCCCGAGUCCAAGCCCUGUCGUUUUGCAGCGUGGACACAGCUCAAGCUGUAGACCUGAGUGCAGUGUGGACGUGUUGCCCCGGCUGUGAGAUCCGGGGUUAGCAAUUGUAAGCCCAGAUUUACAAUGCAGUGCAGACAUUCAAGCGCCGACUUGGAAACACCAUGUUCAGAAGCCAGGAUCCAGACUGACGGUGUGAUGUGGAUAUGCCGUGAAAUCUUGCUGUUUGAGCAAGUUUAGUGCAGUGGUGAGGGUCUUCAUGUUGGGUGGGGGAAACCAGCCUUCGAUUCCCUGCUCUGCCAUGCACUGUGUGUGCGUGAUCUUGGCAGAAGAGAUGGCCAUCAGCAUGCCGCGGAUCACCGCAAUGGCCGAAUCCCACCGCAGGGAGCUGGUGUCGGCGGGAUUUCCAAUUUCUAAACCUGACCUGCUCUCCUGGAUGGAACGAGGGGAAGAACCAUGGGUCCCAGAUCUCCAGGCCUCUGAGGACAGGGAGAUCCCGAGAAGUAGCAGCCCAGGCGAAGGGUCAGCGAGCGAAGAGGAAGAGGAAGAGCAGGAGCAGCCACCGGGAUCUCUUGGGAAAACAGAGCUGCAGGGGACAUCCCCGGACAAAGAGGAGGUGGAGAAUCCCAGCCCGGGGCCGGAUGGGAAGCUCCAGAACUUGGAGGGGAAGAAUCAGGACAAACCUGCAGGCCAGACGGUAGUCCUCAAGCAGUCACCGGCUCCCGCGGGGGUGGACAAGGCAUUUCGCUGCGCCGAGUGCGGGAAGACCUUCAGCCAGCGGUCCAACCUGAUCCGGCACCAGCGCCUCCACACCACAGACAAGCCCCACAAGUGUCCCGAGUGCGAGAAGAGCUUCAGCGAGCCAGCGGCGCUGGCCCGGCACCAGAAGUCCCACGCGGCUGGGAAGCCCUUCCAGUGUGGGGACUGCGGGAAGGGCUUUAACUGGAGCUCCCACCUGGAGCGGCACCGGCGCAUCCACACCGGCGAGCGGCCCUACGAGUGUGAGGACUGCGGGAAAGGCUUCAGCGUCAGCUCCCACCUGGAGCGGCACCGGCGCGUCCACACCGGCGAGCGGCCCUAUAAAUGCGAGGAGUGUGGCAAGCGCUUCACCGUCAGCUCCACCCUGACCCAGCACCGCCGGGUCCAUGCCGCCGACAAGCCUCACCGGUGCCAGGACUGCGGUAAAGCCUUCGGGCUGGGCGCUGCCCUCCUGGCCCACCAGCGGAAGCACCGUGGGGAGAAACCUUUCCAAUGCCCCGAGUGCGGUAAAGCCUUCAGCUUCACCUCCCACCUGGAGCGGCACCGGCGCGUCCACACCGGGGAGCGGCCCUUCCAGUGCGACGACUGCGGGAAGAGCUUCAGCCGCAGCUCCCACCUCUACCGGCACCGGCGCGUCCACACCGGGGAGAAGCCACGGAAAUGCGCCGAUUGUGGGAAGAGCUACCACCUCAGCGCCGCCACCGUGGCCCAGCUCCAGGCCGCGCCUGCCAGCAGCGGGAGGGAUCCCACCAAGUGUGCCGACUGCGGGCGCCGGCGCCUGCCGCCGCCGGUCACUGUGCCAGAGCCCACCCCGGCACCUUUGGGCUGCGCAAAUAAGCCCCACAAGUGCCCCGAGUGCGGGAAGGGCUUCGGACAGAGCUCCUCGCUGGUGAAGCACCAGCGGAUUCACACCGGCGAGCGGCCGUUCCAGUGUGGUGAAUGUGGCAAACGCUUCGGCUGGUGCUCAGCCCUCAUCAAGCACCGGCGCAUCCAUACCGGGGAGCGGCCAUACCGCUGCGGUGACUGCGGGAAGGCUUUCAGUGUCAGCUCCCACCUCGACCGGCACCAACGUGUCCACGCCGGCGACAAGCCACACCGUUGCCCUGAGUGUGGGAAAGGCUAUGGCGAGCCGGCAGCGCUGGCCAAGCACCAGAAAUCCCACGCCGCCGGGAAGCCCUUCCAGUGUGGGGACUGUGGGAAGGGCUUCGCUUGGAGCUCCCACCUGGAGCGGCACCGGCGCAUCCACACCGGGGAGCGGCCCUACGAGUGCGGGGACUGCGGGAAAGGGUUCAGCGUCAGCUCCCACCUGGAGCGGCACCGGCGCGUCCACACUGGCGAGCGACCCUACAAAUGCGACGAGUGCGGCAAGGCCUUUGCCGUCAGCUCCACCCUGGCCCAACACCAGAGGGUCCACUCCGGCGGCCGGCCCCACCGCUGCAAGGACUGCGGGAAGCGGUUCGCGGCGGGGGCCCAGCUGCUGGCCCACCAGCGGGCCCACCGGGGCGAAAAGCCCUACCCCUGUGGUGUCUGCGGCAAGAGCUUCGGCUUCAUCUCCCACCUGGAGCGGCACCGGCGCGUCCACACCGGCGAGAAGCCGUACAAGUGCCCCGAUUGCGGCAAGGCCUUCAGCCGCAGCUCCCACCGCAACCGCCACCAGCGCGCCCAUGCCGCCACCGCCCAACACCUGCCCUUUAAGGGAGGGGGCGGGGCUGAGGUGGAGAAAGGCUCCGCCCCCUCUGUCCCGACCAAACCACAGAGAGGCCCUGCCACUGCCACUGAGGCUGCCCUCUCCCUCCUGCCAACCUGGUGGGGGGAAGGGGAGAGAAGGAGCAGCCAGCCCCCGGCCUGGGCGGAGGACGCCACAGCAGCAACCGUGCCCUUCCCCCACACUGCCGGGGGGCUGCGGGGAUGGGGCAUGAAAGCCUUCCAUGAAAGCCCGGACGUGGCUCCCACCCCAUGGCGGCUGGGGGAUGGCAGCUCAGGCUGGGCGUCCGCCCUGCCCCAGGAGGCCUGGCCUCAGCUGCCGCCCACUUCCUAACCAGCCUCCUGUCCUUCUCCGGAGCUGUUUAGCGGGGCCAGUGGCUCCCCGCCCCCUUCCCAAAAUGGGGGACGGGCAGCAGGCCCUCCUCUCUAAACUGGCAGGCCCCCAGGAAGGGGACAGACAGUGGGUGCUCCUGGCAGCUGUUGGGCGCUAACCCAGCCAGCCCACAGGGCAGGGAGACAGCCUAACCAACGAGAGGUGGUCUCCCGCCACGCACGCACCCACCCACUCCCUGUCCCAUGGCCACCACUGGCCUGAGGCUGUGUCACCCCAGAGAGCACCAGGCUCACCCCCGGAUCCCAUGCCUGAGGGGGAUGGGAACCAGAGCCAGAGGGGAGGAGGUCACUUGAGUAUCGGGGAGGCGUGGGGUGAGAAUUAGCAGGGGAGGGGGGUGAAUUAAGCACCUGGAGCACAAAGGAAGAGGUGAGGACGAGGUGCUGGGAGGGGGCUGGAUUGUGUGUUUGGGAGGUAGGGUUGCCACCAGUCUGGUUUUCACCCAGACAGUCUGGCUUUUGGCUUGUGCGUCUGGGUGCCACUUGACAGGCCGUGAUGUCCGUUUUUUUUAAUGGUGGGGGGAAGAGGCGGAGCAGGGGUGUGGGACAUCAAGGAAAGAGAUGGAGAAGUGGGCGGGGCCUUGGGGGAUGAGGCGGAGAAAGGGGAGGGGCUUCGGGGGAAGAGGCGAAGAAGGGGGCAGGACCUGGGGGAAGAGGCAGAGAAGGGGGCGGGGCCCUGAGGAAGAAGCGGAGCAAGGGGUGGGGCUUCAGGGGUCCAGUUACCAGCCAUUAGAAAGGUGGUCAACUUAUUUGUGGGCUGGCAGAGGUGCAGACUUGUAUUUGGGGAACUGGGUGGGGAUGGUUAAUGAGGGGUGCAGGCGACUGGGGUGCUAGCAGGGCCAAGGAGAGCCUGCCUCUGACUGAGCAUUGUGGGAAGGAAGAAUCUCAUCUCCACACUCUGUUGAACAUCACAUUCAUAUUGCUCCCGUAGGUGUCACAUUUAUACCAUUCCCCAUCUACCAGGCCCCCCCCAACCUGAGUGCCCCUUUUAUAUGAUUCCCCAACCGCCUCCCAGCCUGAGUUGUACAUUUAUACCGUUCCCCAAUAGCCCCUGGCAGUGGCACAUUUGUACCGUUAGGUGAGUGAUCAUUCACAUUUCUGAUUCAGGGGACGUUUCACAGGAGGCUCCAGGAUUUUUGCUGGCACCAACACUGACAAUCGAGCAUAGGAGGCAGAGACCCCCAUGGGGGAAGGAAGUGAGACCCCGAUCCCAUUACCAACAUGAGAUAGAGUCAGGAGUGAAAGGAGGAGAGGUAGGGAGGCUGGAUCUGGGACACGUCCAGGUUUGCUCUUUGGAAGUCAGUGUCUGAGCACUUGUUGCACGAGUGAGAAGCCAGAAAUAUUUGGAGCGGCCUCCACUGAAGCCACAGGCAGAAAGGCCUGACAGCCCAGCUGUUGUCCAGGUGGGGACAACAGAGACCCUGUCUGUCACACUCACCUCCACAGGUACAGUCACACCAAGGUGCUAGAACUGGGACUGGAGACAGACUGCUGGAACCUGUCCCCUGUCUGGGAGAGCGGCUGCCAGCAGAGAAGGAGUUAACAUUACAAUAUCCUGUAACUGUAACAACUGAUUCCUUACCUCUCAUUAAACCCAGAUCCUGGGAUUUCCUGGGGCUGGGUCAUUUGCUUUUAGAACUGGAUUCAUUUGUCUGUGUGUUUGCUUGUCCUUCCUUUUAACUUAGUAAGGCUCUUUAUUGUUUGGGGUGAUGGGACCUAGGAUCAGCCAUGGACUCUGAUAUCUUUCCCCUGUAAAUGCAGCCCGCCUGUAUCGGGAUCAGUGCAUUCGGCGUGGGCAGAGGGUUCUUUAAUUUUAUUGCUUGUUUUUCACUAGCUGUAAUAAAGUAGCACUUAAGUUUCCAACA